AUGCUGCCAUUAUUACUGGUUCUGUUACUUUCAAAAUACACAAAAAGUGUGGAUCUCGAGUUCUAUUUGGAUACUCCCGAAGUGAUAAAAUCUUGGGGAUACCCAGUAGAAGUCUACAACACAACCACCGAAGAUGGUUACAUUCUCCAACUCCACCGUAUCCCAUAUGGUCGAGACGAUCCGAUUCCAUCAGCUAACCAACCACCUCGUCCUGUGAUUUUCCUUCAACACGGUUUUCUCUGCUCUAGUUUCGAUUGGGUCGCCAAUUUGCCUCAUCAGAGUGCUGGAUUUGUGUUCGCUGACGCCGGUUUCGAUGUGUGGUUGGGCAAUUUCCGCGGCAAUACGUACAGUCGAAAACACGUCUCACUGAAUCCAGACAGGGAUCAACCAUUCUGGGAUUGGAGUUGGGAUCAAAUAUCUCAGUACGAUUUACCAGCAAUGAUUGGGAAGGCGUUGGAAAUUAGUGGACAGGAAUCAUUGUAUUAUACUGGAUUCUCAAUGGGAACUCUGACAAUGUUUGCGAAACUCUCAGUUGAUCCUUCCUUCGGUCGUUACAUUAAAAAAUAUUUCGCUCUAGCUCCAGUUGGAACCAUUAAACAUGCUCGGGGAGUAUUUUCUUUUCUUGGAAGACAUUUUGGAGCAAAUUAUAACGAUUAUGUCAGCAAAUAUGGGUCAGACGAACUGUUUGGAAGCUCUUGGUUGUUCAAGAAAGUGGUGAAAUAUACAUGUGGAUUGUUUGAAACUCUCGAAGAACUCUGCUCUGACAUCACUCUUCUUUUUGUUGGAACAGCUAGUGAGAACUGGAAUCAGACACGUGUCCCGAUAUACAUGGCACACACCCCAGCUGGCUCUUCUAGUAGUACAAUGGCUCAUUUGGAUCAGAUGUUCUCUUAUGGUGGAACACCUGCAUACGACAUGGGAGAGGAGAAGAAUCUGAAAAUAUACGGACAAAAGCUGCCACCUCAAUACAAUUUUACAAGCAUUACGGAUGUUGCCAUAUAUCUUUUUUGGAGUGAUGAUGAUUGGCUUUCGACAAAACAAGACCUAAAAGAAACGUUAUUUGCGCAAUUGAAUCCCCAGAUCGUUCAGGGAAACUACCGGAUUUCAAACUACAAUCAUCUUCAUUUCAUUUGGGGAACAAACGCAGCAGAAAAAGUUUACAAACGGAUAGUUAACAUUGUUUCCGAUGACUUGAAUUAA